AACAACACUCACUCAAACACUUGAAACUAUUACUCUCUCAAACAAAACCAACUGAACUAAAACACAAGAAGAAGAAGAGUAAGAGGAAGAAGAAGAAUGAUACCAUGCCCGUACUAACCCACGCGCUUCUCUUCACUCUCUUCUUCUGUUCCUCCGCCGCGGCCGCCUCAUUUUCCGACGACGUUGAUCCCAACCUCCCAUUCCAAACCACACUCGUCCGCCCAUCCGACGCCGUUUCGCUAAUCGUUUUCAAAUCCAAAGCCGACCUCGACAACAAGCUCCUCUACCUUCUCAACGAGCGCUUCGACUACUGCCAAUGGCAAGGCGUCAAGUGCGCCCAAGGCCGAGUCGUCCGUCUCGUCCUCCAAGGCUUCGGCCUCCGCGGCGUCUUCACUCCCGACUCGCUCGGCCGCCUCGACCAGCUUCGUGUUCUCAGCUUGAAAAACAAUUCGAUUUCUGGUCCCGUACCUGAUCUCUCCGGUCUCACUAAUCUCAAAUCACUCUUCCUUGACCGGAACUCCUUUUCUGGCUCGUUUCCGCCGUCGAUUCUCACCUUGCAUCGUCUGCUCACUCUUGAUCUGUCGCGUAACAACUUCACUGGUCCGAUUCCGGUUGGUAUUGUUAAGCUCGACCGACUUAACUCGCUCCGCCUCGAGUGGAACCGCUUCAAUGGAACUCUACCGCCGCUGAAUCAGUCUUUGCUUCUCGUCUUCAAUGUUUCCGGGAAUAACCUCACCGGACCGAUUCCGUUAACUCCGGCGCUGUCGCGGUUCAAAGCGUCGUCGUUUUUGUGGAACGACGCGGGACUCUGCGGAGAGAUUCUCAACAAAGUGUGCAACUCACGAGCUCCUUUCUUCGAUUCGGCGAACGCGACGAGUCCGUCUGCGACUCAGCAACCGCUCGUGCAGAGCGCGGAGUCGUCAGUUGGCGGCGUUGUUCUGUCUCCGUCGUCCCCGGUGAAUCACAAGAAAACGGGCCUCAUUCUCGGGCUUUCGAUUGGGUCGGCCUUUGUAAUGGUGAUUGUAUUGGGCCUUUUCUCAUUCGCCAGGGCCCAUAAAUCAACAAUGGCGGCGUCGUCUUCUCCGUCCCCAGAACCAGGAGCUUCACAUAUUGAAACCCCUCAAGUUCGUGAAAUUACGAAUUUGCCCUCGAAAACGAAGACAAUCGAAGAAAUAAAGAGAGUUCACAAGAGUGGCAAUUUGGUCUUUAGUGCAGGGGAAGCUCAGCUCUAUAGCUUGGACCAAUUGAUGAGAGCUUCGGCUGAGUUACUGGGUAGGGGUACGAUCGGAACCACCUACAAAGCCGUACUCGAUAACCAGCUCAUUGUCACAGUGAAGCGUCUUGACGCCGUUAAAACGGCCGUUACUGGCAGUGAGGCCUUCGAACGGCAUAUGGACACCGUAGGUGGACUCCGUCAUCCCAAUUUGGUGCCCGUUAGGGCUUUUUUUCAGGCCAAAGGAGAAAGGCUCAUCAUCUUUGAUUACCAUCCCAAUGGAAGUCUCUUCAAUCUCAUUCAUGGUUCAAGAUCAACAAGGGCAAAGCCACUUCACUGGACAUCAUGCUUGAAGAUAGCAGAGGAUGUAGCUCAAGGCCUUGCUUACAUUCACCAAGUGUCUAGACUAAUCCAUGGCAACUUGAAAUCCUCCAAUGUCCUUCUAGGACCCGAUUUCGAGGCGUGUUUAACAGAUUACAGCCUCUCCAUCUUGGCAGAUUCAUCAGCCAAUGAUGAUCCCGAUUCAGCAGGCUACAAAGCCCCCGAAACCAGGAAAUCAAGCAGGCGAGCCACGUCCAAAUCAGACGUGUAUGCCUUUGGAAUACUGUUGUUGGAGCUGUUGACGGGUAAGCACCCGUCGCAGCAUCCGUUCCUGUUGCCUACGGACGUGCAGGACUGGGUGAGAGCCAUGAGGGACGACGAUGUUGGCGAAGAUGGUCAGCUGGGAAUGCUCACCGAAGUUGCUUGUAUUUGUAGUUUGACAUCUCCAGAACAGAGGCCAGCAAUGUGGCAAGUUUUGAAGAUGAUACAAGAGAUUAAAGACAGUGUUUCGAGUCUGACUGAUCAAAAUGCUUAUGCUGGAUAUUCUUAAUGAUUUCAAUACUGGUUUGGGGUUCAAAAUUAAGAACAUUAUUAUUAUUAUGAAAGGUGGUUUCAAUUGUAUAUCAGGGUAGGUGUGAAAAGCAAAGAAAGAAAGAAAAGAGAACACUUUCUUUUUAUUGACCAAGUUUGAGCAACUUGUUUAUGGCCAAGCAAAGCCUGAGGAGUUCUUUUUUGGGGGGGUUGGUUGAUUCAUUCUAUUAACACAAGCAAUAUUAUCUUUCUUUUUUUUUAGUUUGCUUUGUAAUUUGGAAUUUGGAUUGGUUAGGUUGGUAGGGAGUGUUAUAAAUUUGUGUCAUUUUUGAUUAAAAAAGAACAAGGUUUGAGA